AUGCAACGCCCGCCGCAGCCUGCCGUGACCGCAUCAUUGGGUCCGCCGCCAUUGCCGCGGCGAGAGUUGCCGGAUAGAAAUGUCACCAGCCUCUCUUUCGACGAUGCCUAUGUUGCAUUCGUCCUAUUCUGCAACCCCGGUGUUCCUACGGAUACCGACUCGGCUGCCCUGCGCGAGGCCUUUCGGACGCCCCCUAAGAGCGGCGGCAAGAGUUUCAGUACCUUCACCCUGUUUGAACUCAUCAAGCAACUCGAGGCCAGAGAGCUCAAGACAUGGGCCGAGUUGGCCUUGAAGCUCGGCGUCGAGCCCCCAGAUCAGGAGAAGGGUCAGAGUUCCCAGAAGAUACAGCAAUAUGCCGUACGGCUCAAGCGCUGGAUGCACUCGAUGCACGUCGAUGCCUUCUUUGAGUAUCUGUUGAACCGCCCGCAUCCCUAUUGGACUGAGAUUCCCUCGGACCAGACCCCGGUUGCUGAUCGGGAGCGAGAUGGGGUCGCUGCCGAGGACGACAUGGCCCUGCGGGCCCUCCUUCCUCAGAUCAAGCCCCGGAGAGGAAGGAAGAGGCCAGACGACGACGACACCAACAAGUCGCCGUCUCAGCGCCCAUCGCCCCAACCAGACGAGUUUGAGCCGUGGACAGCUCACCCGGACGGGAGAGGGAGCGUCUUUCUUUUCCCCGUAUCAGACCCUUCGAGGCUCAAUACGCACACACCUAUGGGGCAACCCCCUAACCCUCCCUGGAACCAGAACAAUGACGUUGCCCAAACGCCCCUCACCGCUUACCCCCACCCACAGUCUGCCAUCACGCCGUCCACUAGGCAAUCAUUCUGGGGAGAGGAGCCCAAGUCAGCCAUCACCCCAAUGAAGGGCAGGGCCGCAAACAGACGACACGGAGCUAAGGUCGUUUCAUCUGCUUGGCGAACCGGCGCGACGACCACCGGCGGAAAAACACGGGGCAGGCCGCCUAUCAACCGAACCGGCCACCCGGACGGGCCGUUCUCGGCCUUUCCGGCUUCGGACAUGCACACUUUCAAGAUACCAUCUCCGACGCCCGAGAUACAUCCAACAUCUCAGAGCACCACGGACCCUAGCUUGAGUCGCCCGCCUUCGGUGCCGCCAUUGGUUGCACCUCUGGCUGCUCCUCCUCAACCACCUCAGUUGGUGCAGAGCCCAAUACAGUACACGCCUACCCAAGAAAACGGACCGUCUCGGCCAGCCAAGAGAAGUAGGUUGUCGCUACAAGUGCCAGAACGUGUCGGAGGUGAAGUACGACUUGCAACGCCGCCCUUGCCGGCCGCGUCAGCUCCGACUCCGCCUGUCCAACCCGCCCCACCCGUUCCACCCGUUGUAAUGGUGAAUGGGCAGACACAUCAACAUUCUCUUGACAAUUUGGUACCUCAACUCGGGGUAGCCGGCCAUGCCGGCAUAGUGCCCAACUACAACGGGUCAUUCGCGGGCCAGACGGCCCCCAUCAAUGGGAAGCAGGGUCAGCCGCGCAUCUUUUUCCAGGACCGUUCGGACCGCACGAAUAAGGACGAGCUCGAGGGCGUGUUCAUGUUUGAGCUCCUGACCGCUAGCUGGUACGAUGCCCAAGGCAACCGGAUCGCGCCUUGCUGCGUCGACGAGGCCUGGGGGAUUACGCAGACGGUAGUCGAGAGCCUCCUCAAGGCCGCGACGACCAAAGAGGCGUUCCUCAUUAACCUGGCGGCGCUGGCAGGCGGUAAGAUAAUGAUGAAGACGGGAAGUCUGCGCGUCACGCGGCUCGAGCAGCUGGCCGACCGCAACCGAUACUACUGCGCCUGGGAGCUGCGCAUGGGCGACAUCCGUGGUAGCUACACUAUGGAGGAGACGGUGAUGCACGAUAAGUGGAGGAAGCGUCAGACUCCCGCCGCCGCCGCCGCCACCACCAAGGACGACGUCGACAGGCCCACCACGGGCGGCAUUGACGACGCGGCCGCCACCACCACCAAUAGCAACGACGAGCCCAUGACAGCCGAGUAUUGGCAGCGAAAAUACAAGGAAAUGGCAGGCAUGCUCCAGCAACGCGACAAAGAGCUGACACUGCUACGGACCAAGGUGAUGGAGUCCAUCAGAGACCAUGCUCAGACCCAAUGA